AUGGAGCUCGCCCACGUAGUGUUCACCAGCGGCGGCCUCAUGCCGCCGCUGUCGCCGCUGUGGUUUCUCAUACACGCGGAGCCGGGCGCGCCGGCCGAGCCAGAGGGCCCCUACGAGCCGUCUGACGUGUUGGACGCCGUCGCCCGCGGCCGCGUGACCGGCACGACGCGUGUCUGCGGCGUGCCCCGCGCCGCUGCCGCGGCGAUGGCGGAGCCGCCGGGCGGCGCGGCGUUCCAGCCGCUCGGCGUGCUGCUGGCCGUGGUGCAGGCGCAGCGGCUGUCGAUGAUGGCGCCGCCGCCGGGGGUCAUCCCGGUGGGCGCGCACGGCAUGCCCGUCCCCGGGGUGCCAGGUGCAGCUGCGAUGGCUGCGUAUGGGAUGCCCAUGGGCGGCGCGAUGAUGCGGCCCACGCUCAUGCCGGCGCCGGGCGGCGGCUUCCUCAUGGCCGCGCCGGCGGACGCGGCGCAGAUGAUGGCGCUGGGGCACAUGGGCGCCGCGGCGGGAAUGCAUCAGAUGGGCAUGCCGGGCAUGGUGAUGACGCCGGGCGGCGCGGUGGCUAUGGGGCCGGCGGCGGCCGCGAUGGCGGGGAUGCAGGCGCAGCAUGCAGCGAUGAUGGGUGCCGCAGCAGCGCAGCAGCAGCAACAGCAGCAGCAGCAGCACCAUCAUCACCACCUGCAGCAGCAGCAAAACGCGGACGCCGGCGGCCGUGGGCUGCACAGCGGCGCUCGUGCGGGCAGCGGCGGCGGCAGCGGCGGCGGCGGUGGGAAGCGCAGCAUGGACGGCAGCAGCGGCGGCGGAAGCUUCAUGGGGCAGGCUGACUCACACCAUGUGCUCCGCGCCGCUCAGGCAGCGGCUCUCCAGGCAGUGCAGCAGCAGCAGCACGUCGACGACGCCCGCCGGUCGUCCGGCAGCGGCGUGCCGCCCGCCGCCGCCGCGGCGGCGGCCCAGGAGCAGCCGCCCACGCCGUCCUCGCCCGCGCUGCAGCUUGCAGCGCCCGCCGCCGCCGAGCAGGCGGCCGCCGCCGGGGCCGGCGGGGCUGGGGCCGGCGAGGCGUAG